AUGCAUCACUUUGAGGAAGAGUUAACCUGUUCCAUUUGCUAUAGCAUAUUUGAAGAUCCACGCGUUCUGCCCUGUUCCCAUACGUUUUGUAGGAAUUGCCUAGAAGGUGUUAUUCAGCUGUCAAGCAACUUUUCCAUUUGGAGACCCCUGAGAGUUCCUCUGAAGUGUCCUAACUGUAGGACUAUUGUUGAAAUUCCUGCUGCUGGUACCGAAUCGUUGCCUAUCAACUUUGCGUUGAAAGCUAUUAUUGAAAAAUACCAACAGGGAGAUCACUCUGAUGUUGCAACCUGCAGUGAACAUUACAGGCAACCACUGAACGUUUACUGUCUUUUGGACAGAAAGUUGGUGUGUGGCCAUUGCCUUACAAUAGGAAAACACAAUGGUCAUCCAAUAGAUGACCUUCAAAGUGCCUACAUCAAAGAAAAGGAGACUUCUGGAAAACUCCUGGAGCAGCUAACUGAUAAAUACUGGACUGAUGUAUGUUUGCUUAUUGAAAAGCUGAAAGAACAGAAGUCCCAGUGUGAAAGCAUUGUUCAGGAUGAUAAAAAAGUAGUCAUACAGUAUUUUAAGAAACUUACUGAUGUCUUGGAGCACAAAAAACAAGCUCUGCUGACUGCACUGGAUGAAAUUAACACACACAUUUUGGAAGAGUAUGAGCCUCUCAUUGAGAAGUUGAAAAAAAUAAGGGAAGAACAGCUGGAAUUAAUGUCACUGAAUACAUCUAUUCAAAAAGAAGAGUCCCCGCUUAUUUUUCUUGAGAAGGUGGAUGAUAUGCAUCAACGUAUAAAAGCUUUGAAACAGAAGCAACUACCGGAUGUUAAACCUGUGGAGAUUUAUCCAAGGAUUGGGCACCUGCUGAAAGAUGUGUGGUCUAAAACUGAAAUCGGUCAGAUCAACAAGGUCCUCACUCCAAAAAUAAAACUGAUUCCGAAAAGGAAGUUACGCAGCAAAGGCAGUGGAAAGGAAGGAAGAGAAUCUAAAGAACUCCUCCAGGCUGUAAAUCCUUUAGCAGUCCUGCUUCUUUUUAUAAUAAUAGCGGUAACUGUGUGUUCAUUUCACAAACCGGUAUAUACAGUUGUAAUCGAAACUACUCCCACUUAUAUCGCAGAAUUCUUGCUGCUUACUUAUCAAGAUUUCUGCACCCAUUUGCAGAAUAUGGUGGAUGUGCUGUGCCAUAAAUUUAGUUUAUUGAUGGAGUUUUUAGGGAGAAUUGUUUCUCUUUGA